AUGGACGCCGUUACAGCUGCUGCGGCCAUGGGCGCGCUCCCUGCCGCCAACGGGCUGCCAGACGAUCCUAUUGAAGCCUCUACCGUCUCGCGUCUCUUCCCGCAUCCGCCCGCUGCUGAUUCAACUCCUUCCUCGACACCGGCAGCGCUCACAGCGGCAUCAGGCUCCGUACCUGUAUCCCCGCGUCCCACUUCGCCGCCACGUACUCCCGCAGCUCCCAUCAGCCUCCGUUCGGCGGCUUCCCCUUCGUCUCUGCUGGGCUCGCCAGCGUCGGAGCGUGCGAACCCAAUGUCGCAUGCUGGUGUACACCCUGCUCACCUGACGCACAGCCUCCAUCAGCACCAGCAUCAGCCCCAUCGCUUCGGCCCUUCCGAAGCUGUGCCCUCGCAUCCAUCUGCAAACAGCAGCGGCUUCCGCUCACCCGUCCGAGUGCGACAACACGGCGCUGCUUCUCCCAUUGGCUCUGCUGGCACCUCGCCGCCGGGUCUCGCGUCGGCACAUGCCGUUCCCUGGCAGCAUGCCGAUUUGCACGCUUCGCAUACUCCUCACACUCCUCGCAGCCCCAGCAUCUUCGAACGAGACAUUGAGCACCGCGACGCUAGCCACAUCAUGACGAAGCAAGAGGCCAUGGACGUCGCAAUCCCGAGCGUGCUUGAUGACGCCGUCGAAGCCAUCAUCGAGGAUGACGCCGAGAUUGAAGUCGUCGCUCCACAAAAUCCAGCUCCGCCGCUCGCUUUGAGCUCGGCUGCGCUUUCGGCCCACAGCGGUGCAAGCUCGCCUUCGUUUGGCCUGGCGUCUUCUCCUUCGCCUCCGCUUUCGGCUUCGGGUCCUCUUGAUGCGGCUCCUCCCGGCACUAUGGCAGCGCAGAUCGCAGAGAAGCUUGCACCACGAGGCUCAGUCCACGAAGACCCCAACGUCACGCCACGACGCGCAGCAGCAGCACCAGCCUCUCGCCGCCCUGGCUCGGAUGUCGACAGUGCCGGCCACUCGAUGCGCUCGCGAUCUCCCCAGGCGGCUAGGUUGCUCGACCUCGGCGAAAGCGGCAGUCCAGUCAGGUCGCGAACAUCCGCCUCGCCUGGGCCUGGUCUGCCGCCCGUCUCGCUGGUUGCGGCAGUCUCGCACGCGCAAGCCACCUCUCCGCUUCCGACGCUCGCAGCUGGCAGCUCUCCUAUGCCUACAGCCACCGCUUUCCCAUCGCUCCCGCUGCCCAACCCGUUCCGCUCCAGCUCGCCCAACCUUUCGGCCAUGGCCAUCCCUUCGCUUACAACCGGCGCCGAUGCAGGCCGCCCUGCUACAUCGAGUGUCAGCAUCGACGGAGCCAUCAUUUCGGGUACCGAAGUUGCCACGCUCGACCACAGCCUCGACACGAUUGCCGACGUGCUCGCUGCUCACGAUGCUGAGCAGGCAGCAAGCCCCUACGUGCCUCGAUCACCCGCACCACCUGCUGCCUCUGGCACCAACAGUCCAACCGUGGAUAAGAGCCGAGGCGCCGCUGGUUCAGUCAUCCGUCAGCCCCAGCAGCAUCCAGGAAUGGGCGCUGCUGGCGCCAAUCGAGCCGCCGCUCCCGGCACCCUCGGGCUGCCCACAAGCACCAAUGGACUUGGUUUCAAUACCGGCGAGUCGUUGUUCCAAUCCCUUGCCUCUGGAUCGCCCUCGCCGUCGGCGGACAAGCGAAGGCUCUCGUUCUUCUCGUACGCCGAUAUUCUGAAUGAGAACAAGGGCGAGGUCAUGGACUUGCAAGAAGUUGUUCGUCACGCCGCUGAACGCGAUGAACAACAGCACGGUCUCUUUCAUCCGCAGGCACACGCACACCAGCACAGCCCUGGCUAUCUCCACGCUGCGGAGAUGGGCAGUGGAUACGAGACUUUUUCGUCCCAGCCGUCGAUCAUGCAGCAGCUCGGUGGAGCGAGCAUGGCCAGAUCGGUCAGUACCAGUGCAGCUGCGAGCCCUCGCAUCGGCUCGGCUCCCGGAGCAAGAUCUACCAGCGGCGGAUCCACUGCAGCUACUGUCGGGGCAGGUUCAGGAGUCUACACGCCCGCUCGAGGUCGUCGCGAUCAUCUGGAGAACAAAGCGCUCAGCAAUCGUCUCGACAGCUUGCAGCUCGCGACGUCUUCUGCCGCCGAAGCAAGUAUGCGAAGGGCUGCCUGA